CCGAUGGAAGCUAAAAGCUCUACGAGUUAGCGGAUUAGCUAAAAGCUUGUUAGUUAGUUUGGUGGCUCUUUUUUUUUUACAGUCACGCAGUUUCCAGGAUGUCAGAAGGACAUAAUAAUGAUAAUCUCGAGACUCUGUUCUCAUUUGAGCUUUUGGUGGAAUAUAUCCGAAUCGAGAGGGAUACUAAUGUUUCCGACGAGCUGGCUCUUGGAGUGCGACUGCUAGAUUUCCCAACGCUGCUGAUUUAUCAGCCUCAACACAGAACUGGUGACAUUAACCAACCCGAAAAGCAUGAGGAAGACAAGCGGAGACAAUUCGCCUUUCACAGAGGCAAAUCUUGUUUCUUCAAAAUGAACCUGAACUCACUGCACACCCACUUAUCUAACACCCCUCUCUAUGCCAUGGUGUUGGAUGUGAAAGAGGAGAUUCCCAAAUUAGUUGGCUCCUCUCUGAUAUCACUGGCUAAAGUGAUGGACAGAAUCAGGCAGGAUGUGACUGAGCAUGGUGUUUCUGCUCCCUCCUCACACGGAGAAAGGGGGCUUGUUGGCAUGUGCAGCCUCACGGGGGAGAAAAUUGGAUCGAUUUUCCUGAGUUAUAAACUGCUAAGUCUGGGAGCUAGUUUACUGCCACAUAUCACGGACAGGAUGGAUAUUAAAAGCACCAGAUUACAUGGAGGACAGCAUGUACAAGAAGGCAUCAAAGAGGGAAACAUAUCUACAGAAUCAGUGCCUCUUGACUGUGUCAAUUCACCCACCCUGGACAAGUCUGAUGCUAGCAGAAACACACAAAACAAGGGACCGGCAAAUACAAAAAUCCUGAUAAGUGAGGAUAAUCAGGACAAUGCUAUCGAACACAGACCAAGAACACAAGUUCCUCAAACAGUCCAAGACACUGAGAACUAUUUUGAGGAGGAUUUAACUGUAUUCUGUCCCCCACAUCUUUACUACCGUAAUUCUGCAGAGGAAAAAAGCAAAAAUGAAGGUGGGGAUUACAAACUUUUAACUCUUGACUCAGAGGCGUUUACAUUUGAAGACUCAUGCUCUGAGGAUGAGAUGGCUGAAAAUAAGAGUGAUGGUCCAGGUUCGCCAACGACAGACCAGAGAAUGAGAAAGGAUGCAAAAACAUUGAGAAACCAAGAAACCAGUGGGGCGAGUCCAAAUGUCCUCGGGGAAGCUUUACGACAGUUGCCUCUGCUAAAUGCUCUUCUUGUAGAGCUGUCACAGUUGAAUGGCCAGAACCCACAACAGCCUUUGUCUAUUCAUCCCAGUCUAGCGUGGAUUUACAGGCCUGCAUCCGCAGAGCCUUCAGCUGAACACAGAGACACACCACGGAAAACGUUGCAGAAAACCAGACAGAGGACAAGUCCCCAUUUUAAACAUUUACACCCCCCUAGAAACUGUUCUACUCCAAUAGCUAGGCCUACAUCUGUACACAAGAAAGACAAACAAGAAGAGGCUUUGACUGAGAGUAAAAGCUCUAGUAAAUCUCCUGGGAAGAAGCUUGUUUAUGGAACCACUAAAACAUUUAAUCUAAGGCUAAAGCAAGUAUCACCCCUUAAAGUAAAACGCCAUGAAUGCAUGGAAUUGAUACAGAAUGAAACACGGGCAGAUAAGGCCAAAAGCAAGGCAAAGAAUAAAAUCAUCAAGUCCAGCAAUAAGAAAUCAGUAUUAAAUCAGAGCUCCAGUCUCGAUGAAAAUAUUGAGACAAUGAUACAAGGCAUCACAGUGGACGGUGCACUCCAAGAAACAACCUCACUUAAACAGAAAAACCCGCAUGGGAAAGUUCAUGAUAAACAAGACAGUGACUCUCCAAGAAUUUCAGAAAAACUUUCUUCUUCUGAGAGAAGAGACUUGAAAUGUAUUCAUAUCCCCAGUGUGAGUAGCGACAGCGCUUCCCAAAACAAAGACAAGAGCGAGCGUCACAGUGAAUCAAAUCUAUCCCGGUCUGAAUCUGACAGGCAUAGAGAGAAAAUUGAAUCCUCAGGAAGCAGCAGACAGAGCAGCCGAAAGUCUUCAUUUUCAGACUCCAGCAGAGAAGGAAAUGAAGAAGCAGACUACGCUGAUGAUUUUAACAGCCUUGAACCCAGUGAUGCAUACUCUCCUGACCCCAUGAGUAGCCCUGAGCCCUCUAGACCCAAAACUCCGAAGUCUCCUGUCCGUCCCGACUUGUGCACCUCCGACUCUGGUUCUGAAUCUGUCCAGAGGAGAGCACACCUCCCCGUGCCUGUCAAAGCCCCCAGCUCCCCACAGCGGACUCUGAGGGGCACACACAUCAUUCGACCUCGCACCCACGCCUCUGCCAUCAGCUUUUCUUCCGAUGAUGGUGACAGAGACCGGUCAGCUCCCUUACAAAUCAUAUGCUCCAGAAAGCAGAUGAUGACAGAGAGUGGCAGAGUGGAAAGGAGCUCCGGUGCUGAGAGUUUCAUAUCAUCAAGAGGUCACAGGAGUGAGUCGACCAGGAAUAGUGGUACAGUUCAAGGAUUUUCUCAAGAGUCAGUAUCCUCCUUUGAACCACAAGAGGCAGAGGAACUGGAGGAUGAGCUUGGAUCUCUGGAUUUUAGAAAAGAGUAUCAGCAUAUCUCUGAGCUAGUGGCCAACAAGCUCCCUGGUUACACUAUGUAAAGAAAAAUAUGUCAUUCUACAUUAUGGAAACAUCAUCUAUUGAAACAGAUGAGUCGUCAUAAUGUACUGUUCACAUCCUGCAAAUAU